AUGGCACUCCAAUCUGGCCGUACUGCUGAGGCUCUCGACGUGUACAACCAAUUUUGUACAGUCCAAUCCCCAACCCAUAGUCUUCCUCCGCCUCGAAAGCUCUAUAAUCCCGGUUACACUAGUUUCAGAUCUCCCUACCCUCGUCUUGCGACCGCCACGCUCAUUCACGGGCUUAUCCGCUUGCAAUGGACGCACCAUCUUUUCAAAGUUGUUUCUGCCGUCGUUGAAAGAAAGCCAAGGAUCUCUUUUUGGAGCGGGGAAUCCACUUUUGGCACCGUAACACUGGAUACGAUUAAGACAAAGACGCUGGAGGCCACUAUCAAUGCACUCUGUCGUCCCUGUAGAGACAUGUCGACAACGGAGAAUUUGAGCAUAGCCAGCGAAAUGGAACGCUUGGGUCAAGCCUUGCACAGAGAAUCUCGGUCGGGAUUAACUUCAUCCGAUCCGAACGUCGAACUUCCCAACGUGUCCUUCUCGGAAUCCAAAAAGCAUACAUACCGGUCCACACGGCUGAAUGAGGGCACCCAGCGUGCUAUUACUCUCUUGCACAAGUUCCGUUAUUACCGAUGGCGCCGAUCAAGGUUCAUGUAUGAUCGUGUAUUCAAUGCCUGCCUGCUGCAAGGCGAGAUUCUCACUGCCACUCUGCUUUUUGCGGUGUUGGUAAAAGAUUAUCAAGUUCGUUCUGUGUUGCGCACUGCUGGUGCUAAAGUGGAGGCGUAUGCGCCUGAUGACACAGAUGCUCAGAAUCUGGCACCCCAUACGCCCAAUUCCCCUGAUCCAAGCAAGGACACGGGAGUGAAGUCCGGCUGGGACUGGAGCGAAGAAGGCCUUUGUCGCAUUAGCCAGGAUGAUCGUUCUCGAAUCGUGUCCGGCCAGGCGCUCAAACAUAUCGCAGGAAUACCAAUGCAGGACGUUGUCAAUCACGGACUCCAUUAUUCUGAACUCCCAGUACCUUUCCCUACGUCAAAGAUGUUGGGAAGAAUUGUUUCCGCUCUCAGCCUUCCGGAUCUUCGAGAUUCGAGAAAAUCAUUCGAUCCCGGGGGUGGCGUUAGUGUGCUAGACUCCCAAGCCGCCCUAGGUAUCUUGGCUCUGUUGCUUGAGGAAAGAGCAUUGCCAUGUGGCCACCUGGCCCCUCUCCUUGGGGUCUUGCAGCAUGUCUCCGGUAGAGCGUGUGGAAAUGGGCCUUUCAGGAUAACCACAAUACAAUCAGAUCAUGAAGAUGAGGUCACCUUCAACUUCUCACGAUAUCAUAGAGCUUAUCGCGUCGAACUUGGGCUGCGGAAGGGAAGGCGAAAGGCCGAUGUAUCUGGGAUGGAGAACAUUCUCGAUAAUUUGAUCUUCUGGCCUCUUAGGUUCGAUCCUGUUGCGCAUACCUCGGGCAGCUUCUCGCUUUCCCGCUGGACCCCAAGCCCCUCUGAUCCCUCCAUGCUUCAGCCGUUGGAUGAAUAUUCCCUGAAUACUCUUUUAAAUUACGCGUUGCGACAUCGUUCAACACCCGAUCCCUCCUUAGCUAUCAAGGUCAUUGACCAAAUGCGCAGAAGAGGAUACAAGCUAGGACAUGUGACGACCGCCAUUCUAAUAAGGGGCUUAGCCAAGCUACGACCCAGUGCGGAGCUUGAAGCCCUGCUCAGUUUCGUGCACUCGAUGGGAAGAUGUGUCGACGAUGUAAAGACCACGGAGUCCCACACUCAUUCUUCAAUAGAUUCCUCAAUCAACAUGGGAGUCCCAGGAGAUGAUGUUUCCAAACCUGGAUCUCGUGAACGUUUAAAUUCGAACCUGGAGAUCUGUGCUCCUCUGCCAGACCCAACGAAUUUCUUUGACACUUCUACCCUAAUUUCAAGUAUUGACACCUACAUCACGAAACGCAAUGUCCUGCUGUCAAUUAUCCACCACCAAUCCUCUUCGAAUGCUCCCCGCUCGUUUGCGCUUGCUAUUCUGCGACGAGUUCGAGAUGUCCUCAACCGUCCCGCUCAAACACCAGCAGAUCAGACCUUUUUGAAAAUGCUUACAUCUGGUCCAGAGCUCUAUUUGGCGCUACUCAAUCUUCUCGUCAAAGUUGGUCGCCCAAGAGACGCAAAGUGGCUGUUCUCCCAAGCCCUCUCAGCGCAGAAGCGAUCAUGGGAGGAGGGUAGAACGCAAUUUUCUGCUUUAAUGAAAGGGGAAUGUAACUCCUCUACAACUCUUAUUUCGUGGGAACCGUGGUGUCUCCCAGUACAUGCCUACACCAUCAUGCUUCAGUGCUACGCCGCUGAAAGUCGUCGCGGCAUUUACUCCGUUUCCUGCGAUAGCUCCCCAUUUCUCUAUGAGCUCCGGUUGAGGGUUGCACGGACAUGCCUGAGAGAUGGAAUGCGGCUGUACCAAUCAAUGCUCGAGAACAGUGCAAAGAUCCUGGAGGUUGAUGAACAUGUGAAGACUUGGCUGAUGACGCAGAAGUCGAUGUCUCCUACCUCUCCACGGAAUAUACCACGCUUCAAAUUGGGUGGGUCCGUCCCAGUCCCUGAUGAACACUUUUUCCGAGCUGCCAUAGCUUUAUUCGCCCCUCGCGGAGACCUUUGGCACAUGCGGGAAAUGCAACGAAGCGUGCGACGACGAAAUAGGCGUUUGUUAUUGGGGAAGAGAGUCGAUUCCAGGCCUGUAGGGAUAGACGCACUGCCCGGUGUACUGAGAGCCCACCACAAGAAACAGCUACAAGCUCUGGCGACGGUGGCACAAGACAUGGAAACGCAUGGUCUGUCUGUUCCUUCUAAAUUAUCCAUUUUCCUGGCGACUGGUCUUUAG